CUUUCGUUUACUUUCUCUUGAUCUCUCUUACUCUCUAACUCUUUCUCUGUCUUGCUCGGAGGGCUGUGAGUUGCCUUCGGAACCAACAAUCCGUCUCCGCCUGCCCCGACGUCCUUCCCACAACCCCACCACAUCCCUUCUCGACACGCUAGCUCCCUUCGGCACCUCCGAGCACGGAAGACCCACGACAUCGUUCCACUAUCUAGACCCGACCACACCAACCUCCCCGCCCCAUGGUCCUCAUCGCUGCAAUCCUCAUCGGCGUGGCCGCAGGCUACGUCGCGCACAAGGCCGGCAAGGGCGACAAUGAGAAGUACGGCGUCCAGCCGCCCAAGGGCCAGAUGCGCUCCAAGGACGUCCCGCUGGUGCCGAGGCGCGCACAGGACGUCCAGCGCUGCUUGUCACAGUACAAGGGGCCCAUACCUGCCGAAUACCCUACCCAGGUGCUCCGGAUGUACGUCUCGUACAAGCUCGCAAACGGCGCGACUCCAGAGUAUAUCCCUACCAAGCUUGAGGCCCUUGAGCAAGCACUGCCCAAAUAUGCCCCGUGUUUUGCGAUCGUCCGCUUCGAGCUUGGCCUUGGCCCCUCGCGCGUGAUCAAGAUGGACUGGCCUCCAGCAGGUGCCCGUCCUCCGCCCCCUCUCUCAUCUCUCCCCCCUCCACCAUACCACGUCCGGGAGGCGAGCGACUCCAAGCGAUCAAUGGACAAGUACGACGAGCCAGUCAGGCGAUCCGGCUUCGGAGGAGGGGCACCCGCGUACCAGCCCAUGCCGACGCGCCGUCCCCCGGCGUCCGACGUUCUCACGGAGCGCGGGAGCUCAGACUACCAGACCAACCCGUUCUUGGACGAACGGCGCGACGAGUCGACAUACAACUCGGCAGCGUCGUCGGGCUUCCUAUCGCCUGUGGUGACCGGCGCACCGCCGCUCCCCGCGCGCAGGGGAACGGCGGGUACAGCCCCGGGGUCGCCUGGAGGGUACCGCCCCCCACCACCACUCCCGCCGCGCUCGCCAACGCUCCCCACCGAGCGUAUGCCACAGGCUGGCGAGCCAGUGGACGCGCCCCCUCCAUACUCUCGUAACGACGAGUUCAAGACCGAGACGCUCAACCUCCCCCGGCCUGACGGAGGCCGCGGGGGUGAGAUUUAACAGAAACGACUAAGACUCGAACGGCCCUAUGCCCCCUGUUCCAGAUCCACUCUACACACGAACACCCACCAUAGUACCAUAGCAUAAUAGUUGUCAGAGCUAGAUGUAGCCAUCAUGAGCA